UCAAAUAGGAUCAAAAAUAUUUUGGUUCGCAAAACAUGGAUGUUAAAUUUUCCGAGAAUAUUUCAAAAUCCAGGAUUAUCCACAGAUUUUCUGACCGUGAACUAUUUUCGUUUGUGAUAGAACAAUAAAUUAAAUAAAUCAUUUAAGAUGGAUAAAUUAGGACAAAAUGAAAUCAACUCACAAUCAGAUCAGCCAGAUCCAGAUGUUAAAGAUGCAUUGGCAAGUUUUCGUGAAAAAUGGCAAAAAGAACUUAGGAUCUCAAACACUAAAAAUAAAUCACUAACACAUGCUGAAGAAAAUCCAGAAAAAUCAACAAAUAAUGAUUUAGAAGAAAAAGCCAAAAGCCUAUUUUUAAAGGGCAUUGAAAUGGAAAGAUCUGGUAAAUUAUAUGAAGCCAUUCAAUUUUAUAGAAGGGCUGUACAAAUUGUACCUGAUAUUGAAUUUCGAUUAGAUGCUCCCAAAGGUUCCAAAAAAGAAAAGACAAACAAAAUUGAAGAAAUAGUUGAACAUAAAGAAGAAUCAGAUAAAGAACACUCAGAUAAUGAGGAAAUUAAAGAAGGUAUGCUUUUACCUGGAAUACAAAGGAAAAUGGCUCAAUGUUCACUUAUUUGUUUAUCAAAAUAUGAGCAAAGUACCACUCACAUCUCAAGUUUGCCCAUUGAAAUUAUUUUUUUAAUUUUAAAAUGGUUGGUUUCAAACGACUUGGAUUUAAAAUCCUUGGAAACAUUUUCAGCUGUUUGUAGAGGAUUUUAUUUGUGUGCUAGAGAUCCAGAGAUAUGGAGACUGGCUUGUUUAAGAGUCUGGGGUUUAAAUUGUGAUAACUCACCUGGUAAGUACUUAAGCUGGCGCAAUAUGUUUAUUGAAAGGGCAAGAGUGCAAUUUAAUGGUUGUUACAUUAGCAAAACUACCUAUAUAAGACAUGGAGAAAAUAGUUUUCAGGAUACAUUUUAUAGACCCUGGUAUAUGGUAACCUAUUUCAGAUACCUAAGAUUUUUCCCCGAUAGCAAAGUACUAAUGCUAACCUCAGCCGAUGAACCUAGUCAAUGUGUUGGUAAUUUAAAAAAUAAAAAUGCUAAAAGUCCUAUCCUCACUGGGUACUAUCGUAUAAGUGAUGAUAAAAUUACUGUAAUAGUUCAAAAUCUAAAAGAGAAAGCCGCUCAUAGCUACAAGAAAAAUCGUAAACAUGAUAAUAACAUGUAUGAAACUGCAGAGCAAACAUUUCAUAUGGAAUUUGAAAUUAAAAAUUACAAACGAAAAAGGAAUGUUCAGCUGGUUUGGAGCCAUUAUUCAGUGUACACUAGGAAUAUGAUUGGAGAUAAAAGUACCUGUGAUUAUGAUUUAGUUUCAAACACCUUUCCACCUUUAUGGUUUUCUCGAGUUAAAAGCUACACUUUGGAAUCAGAUAGUUCUCUUUAGGUAAUAAUUUAAUUUAGGCCUGUUCCCAUUAGUAUACUAAUAUAUUAUUUGUAUACUGGAAAAUUCUUAUUGGAAUACACCUUUUUUAAAUUAAAAUUUAAAAUUAUUGGGCAGAAAAACAUUCUUGCAGGAACUGGCCUAAAAUUUAAUAGUUUAUUUAUUAGCAAUUUUUGGGAAAGGGAAAU